AUGCUUAUUGGCAUCUGUGGAGGCAUUUGCUCGGGCAAAAAGACGGUCGCCCAAUAUCUCGUUGAGCACCACGGAUUCAAACACCUCUACCUCGAGCAACCCAAGGAGGGCUGCACUGCGUCCCACGAGGAUGCGCAGACCCAGGCGUCCUCGUCUGCCGCGGCAGUCGACGGUGCAUUGAGCUUCAGCGCCCUCACCACCAAGAACAGCGGCGGCCACUCGAGUUCUGAUACAUCACUGGCGCUGAGGCCACAAGCACAGCGGCACACAUUCGCCUCCCCUGAAGCGCUCCUCGACUUUGUCACUCUCCGCUGGCGAGGGCGCUUCGUGACAACCGACAUACGCACCGAGGCCGUGCUCGACGUUUUCGUGCGCCGGCCAUUCUUCCUCCUCCUGUCCACUGACGCGCCCCUCACCGUCCGGUGGCGGCGGUUUCAGCAGCGAGCCAGUUCCCCCGGAGAAUCAGGCAUCACCCUCGAGGACUUUGUCUCCCACAGCGACGCUCACCUGUACGACCCUGACGACGGCUUUCAGCCCCUCAUCUCGCGCGCCACGGUCAGGCUGCUCAACACGUCGUCCUCGCUCGCCCACCUGUAUGCCACGCUUGGCAAGCUCGACAUCCCCAACCCCGACCGCCUCCGCCCCGGCUGGGACACGUACUUUAUGGCACUGGCGUCUCUAGCCGCCCAGCGCUCCAACUGCAUGAAGCGUCGUGUCGGGUGCGUCCUCGUCGGGAGGGAGCGCCGCGUCAUCAGCACCGGCUACAAUGGCACGCCGCGAGGGAUCCGCAACUGCGCCGACGGAGGAUGCCCCCGCUGCAACGAGGGGAGCAGCUCGGGCGUCGGCCUCGCCACCUGUUUGUGCAUACAUGCGGAGGAGAACGCCCUCCUCGAGGCGGGUAGGGAGCGAAUCAGGGAUGGCUCCGUGCUCUACUGCGAUACGUGUCCGUGCUUGACUUGCAGCAUCAAGAUCUGCCAGGUGGGCAUCAGCGAGGUUGUGUACGCCCAUGGGUACAGCAUGGACAAGGAGGCCGCAGCCGUGUUUGGUCAGGCCGGCGUCAGGUUGCGGCAGUUCAUCCCGCCACCGAACGGACUGAUUCACCUGGAGAAAAUGGAGCUAUACUGA